AUGUCUGAAUUUAAAAUUAGUCCAUCAACCUUAUGGAGUACUCAAGACAAUCCAAAAAAACCUCAUACAAUUUUUUUCAUUACCUGUGACAAUGAUCAUUUAUAUACUUAUAACCUUCACCGUCCGGGAAUUUGGUCAUACAACAUAUCAGAAAAGUCGUGGAGUGAAGUAAUAAGCUUGACUAAUAAUUUACUGCCAUAUCCAAAGAACAAAAUAAUUGGAAUUAUGGAAGAAGAUCAGAACAAUUCAAGAAAAUUAAAGAUAUUCAGCAUCCACAACAAGAUAACUAGGAUACAUACUUAUGAUUUAGAAAGCCAAGUCAUUGAAGAGCAAAUUUUGGAUGGAUCUCUUCCAGACACUGCACAGUUUUGCCAAAUGAAUGUUUUUUGUUAUAACAAAUUUUAUUAUACAGUUGUGUGCGUUGAAACAACGAAUCGCCCUGAUCUGCUGAGAGUGGAUGUUUAUCGUUUGAAUUUGGAUACCUGGGAGCGUGUUUCCAAGCUAGUGAAAGCAUCAAAAUGUGAUAUAAUUGAAAAAUCAUCAAUGGGAAUUAUUAAUAGCGGCAACAAGAUGUAUUUAUUCUACAGUAAAAACAUUAAUUCUAUUCGGGUUUUUGAUUUGGAGAAGAAUACUUGGAGCUGGGUGGGAACAUCAGACCCCAAUCUGGAUCAAAAUCUCAAUGAUUACAAUGAUGACGACGUAGAACUUGAAAAAGACUUAAAUAAAUUUCAACGAAAUAAGAACACGAAUGAAAAUAUUGUAAAUGUAAAGAUGGACCACCCGCCAAUUGGGUCUUAUAAUUACAGCAUGUCACAAUAUUGUAAUCCGGAUACCAAAGACACGUACUUAAUAGUAUCUGCGUCUAAAUACAGGCAUAUUAAUAAUACACCUACGGAGAUUUGGAAGUUUAAUCUGUCAACUUUACAGUGGGGACUUAUUGAUAGAGUUGGAAGCUUUGUUAAUCAACAACGCGUCAGUCGCUGGGCCUGCGUCACUCCAAACGGCAGAUUAGUCACUCGCGAUGGAUUGAUAGUUAAAUAUCCUCAAAAUCCACUCGCUGUGAUCCACCGAGAGUAUAUUUACACCACUUCGACCAGAUUUGUUGAUAAUUGUUGA